CCAUGCCCUCAGUAAGAAUAUGAAACCACUAAAGAUGGUGAAGGAUUUGCGAGUAGGCGAGACAAUAUCACCUUGCCUAUAACUGUAAACAUUAAUUUCAGUAAUGCACGUCUUUGUACAGAAGUUUACAAGGAAUUAUUAGGUAAAAUGGAUGUUUCUUCCAAGGUAAAGGUGGCAGUAAGGGUCAGGCCUUUAAAUAGGCGAGAGAUAGAACUUGGAACUGACAUUUGUAUAGAUAUGGACAACAAUCAAACAUUUCUCAAAGCAAUCAAGGCAGAGAGGAAACCGCCAAGGACAUUUGCGUAUGAUUACUGCUUUUGGUCAAUGGACGAAGAAGUUGAAAAGUUUGCAAGCCAGGAAUUCGUUUAUAAAUGUCUUGGAAAAGGCGUUGUAGACAAUGCAUUUGACGGAUAUAAUGCUUGUAUUUUUGCAUAUGGACAGACAGGAUCAGGAAAGAGCUACACAAUGAUGGGAUCACCUUCCGCAAAAGGUCUGAUUCCAAGAAUUUGUGACUGCUUGUUUGAAAACAUCGCAGGAAAACACGAGGAAGAUCCUAACAUGAGUUUUAAGGUUGAGGUGUCUUACAUGGAGAUUUACAAUGAGAAAGUCAGAGAUCUUCUUUGUCCUAAGAGUGACAAGCAAAAUUUGAAGGUUCGAGAGCACAAACUUCUUGGCCCGUAUGUUGAUGGGCUGUCAAAACUAGUUGUGUCCUGUUUCCAGGAUAUAGAAAAUCUAAUGGUAGAGGGAAACAAAUCUAGAACUGUGGCUGCCACCAUGAUGAACGCCGAAAGCAGUCGCUCUCACGCUGUUUUCAACGUCGUUCUUACGCAACGGAUAUAUGAUCCACAUACAGAGAGUACUGGUGAGAAAGUUAGCAAGAUAAGUUUGGUGGACUUGGCAGGGAGUGAACGGGUGUCAAAAACUGGUGCUGCGGGGGAUCGGCUCAAAGAAGGAGGCAACAUCAACAAAUCUUUAAGUACCCUGGGGUUGGUUAUAUCGGCUUUGGCAGACCAGGCCAGUGGGAAACAUCGAAAAGGUUUUGUUCCUUACAGAGACUCUGUCCUCACUUGGCUUCUCAAGGAUAACCUUGGUGGCAACAGUAAAACUGUCAUGGUUGCUACGAUUAGUCCUGCUGCUGACAAUUACGAGGAGACGCUUUCCACCCUUCGGUAUGCGGACAGAGCAAAGAGAAUAGAGAAUCACGCUGUCAUCAACGAAGACCCGAAUGCAAAGAUAAUACGAGAACUGCGGCAAGAGGUUGAGCGCCUGCGGGAGCUGCUGCAGAGCAAAGCAAUCGACUUGUCACAAAGCACUUUAUCGAAAUCCGGUAGAGAUAGUGCAGAAACGGGCAAUAUUCGGGAAGAGCUUGCAGAAAAUGAGAAAUUGAUUCAAGAAUGCACGAAGACCUGGGAAGAAAAGGAAAAACAGACAGAGAUGAUUCACAAGGAGCGUCACCAGAUCUUAGAAGAAAUGGGCAUCAGCGUACAGGACUCUGGGAUUGGCGUGAAAGAGGGUCGCUACUUUCUUGUAAAUCUCAAUGCAGAUCCUUCAUUGAACGAGCUACUGGUUUAUUACUUAAAGGAACAUACAUUGAUUGGUCGACACAACUCCCCCAAGCUACAAGAUAUACAACUGAGUGGCCUUGGCAUAUUAAAGGAACAUUGCAUAGUUGACAUUGACGAUGAGAUUGUUUACUUAGAACCUUUUGCGGAAGCGAGGACUUGUGUAAAUGGCCAACAGAUAUCUGAAAGGACGCAGCUUCGCCACGGUGAUCGAAUUCUCCUGGGAAAUAACUACUUCUUCAGACUUAACUGCCCUCAUUCGACCACACAAAUGCAAGAUGCAGCUAGCGAUCAAACUCUGGAUUUCGAUUUUGCACAGACUGAACUUAUGCUCAAUGAAUUUUACUCGCUUGACGGGCCUGCCACGGCCGAUAAGAAUGGCAAGAGUUUCAGGCUAUUUAGCAAGGAACCAAUCAAGGAUAUCAUCAAACAUCUAGAAGAGCACCAUGAAAAAGAGAAACAGGGUGCAUUGGAGGAGCAAAGAAAGCAAUACGAGGAAGAAAUAGAAAGACUACGGAAGAACACCCCAGUAGAUUCACUGUCAGAUGCCCCCCAAAGCAUGGAUGGAAGACUGAGUCUCACAACCUCUGGUUAUGGAUCACGACUUUCGGAUCGUGAAGGAUCAAAUUUCAACCUCCUUGAGGAAAAGAACCAAGACCCAUUUGAAGGGAGAGAUAUGUCGUUUGAAGAGAGCUUACGAGUUUUACGAGAAGAAGUACUCAGAGCCAAUUCGUUUGUCAGGGAAGCCAAUCAACUUAGCAGUGAGAUGGGUAAAAACGUCGAGUAUGCAGUCACGUUACAGAUUCCAACAUCAAGCUUGAGUCUCGGUGGAAACAGAACGCCUUUGACCAGCGAAGUAGCCAUAGUUGUCAAGCAUAGCAAACGCGGAACCCAAGUGUGGUCUGUCGAGAAAUUGAAGAACAAACUAUACGGAAUGCGCGAUCUGUAUCAGCAGACAGUUAUGGAGAGCUCAGCUAGUCCUGACAGCGAUAGUUUUGAUGACGAUGGACUGUUUUAUGAAGUUGAAUGUCAUACGCUGAUUGGCGUUGCCACCAUAUGGCUCGAGUGUCUGUUCGAAAGUGUCCCAUUAGACUAUGCUGCCCCAAUCAUCAGCCAACAAGGAGAGGUUUGUGGGAAGCUCAUGGUUGACAUAAGGCGCCUUCAUGACGGGAGUGAUAGUGAGAGUCAGUCAUCGGGUGACAGCGAAUCUGAUGUUGAACAACAGUUUGAAGUUGGAAGAACGAUACAGGUUCAGGUAACCAUUCAUGAAGCCACUGGGUUGCCACCAACUCUCUGUAACUACGUCUUUUGUCAAUACAACCUGUACGACCAACCUCUGACUGUCGUUCCACCGAUCAAUGUAGCCGUAUCUGCUGAUGGUGUGCCCAAAUCUAAUGCAAUGCAAUUCAAACAUUCACAGAUCUUCAACUUUGAGAUAAAUGAUGACUUUCUCGAGUAUAUUUCUGAAUCGUCUUUGGCCAUAGAGGUAUAUGGAAACCGAAGUCAGGGUUACGAGUCGCCAGAAAGAUACAAUUGGAAAAUACCAACUGACCAAGAUGACACUAAAACACCAGCGGAGAGCACUUUACCCAAAGUUCAAGUCAUACAUCGAAUAAGGUGGAAUGAGCUGGUCCGAAAGAUUGAGCUUUGGGCAGAAAUUCACGAACUGAACGAGCAAGGGACGUACUCUCCAGUUGAACUACAAACCAGGGAUGCAACUGAAUGUGGUGGCGUCUUUCAGCUAAGGCAGGGCUUUUCUAGACGAAUAGUCGUGCAGGUUGCUGUUCCAAAGCAGGGUCAGCUGCCAGUUGUGUUAGAACGAAUUAAAGGAAUAGCUAUUGGGAGUGUCAAAGUUCGAGUGAAAAUCCAGAAGGGCCUAGACAGCUACCAAGAACGUGAUUUGCAAAGAUUGCGUGAUAAAUGGUCCAGUUCCCUUUUGAAAAGACGAGAGUACCUGGAUGAAAAAAUACAAGGUUUGAUCAAUAAAAAAGAUAAAAGUGUCGCUGAUAAGGAAAGAGAAGGCCUAUUAAUUGACCAAUGGGUUUCUCUGACAGAGGAACGAAACAAUGUCUUAUGCCCUGCCCCCGGAAGUGGUGUGCCAGGAGCACCUAUUGACUGGAACCCGUGUCCUGGAAUGGAAAAGCACAUUCCGCUCAUUUUUCUGAAUUUAGAUGAGAAUGUCUUAGGAGGCUGCCCUGAUCUGGAGCCUGAACCAGCAGGUCUCAAAUCUUUGAUUCAGCUAGAGGAACCAGAUCGAAUGAUUGACCUCAACAUCUUGCGUUAUGAUCAGCAGAAAGUUAUUGCAUAUGCUUCCUGGGACUCUUCCAUGCAUGAUUCCCUCUACUUGAACCGAGUCACGCAGAACAACGAAAGGAUCUAUUUGAUUGUCAAGGUUACGUUACGUUUGUGUAGCCCUGCAGUUAUGGAUCUGGUAUUAAGGAAACGAAUAUGCGUUAAGAUCUACAAGAAGCAAGGCUUUAAGGAAAGUCUUAUGAAGAGAUUUAUUCGACCCACAAACGUGUUGUCAAGAAACGGUGUAACGUUCCAGUUGGUUUCUCAUAUUCCAAAGCAAUCAGGCGAAGAAACCGAGGAGCGUCAAGACUUAGCCCGCAAGGCUGCCGAUGCUAUGACGUCAGAACAAGAAAUAUUCGACGGAGAUGCAAUUGAAAAGUACAAUAAAGGUGUAACACGUGUAACGAAUAUUCUCAAUUUGCACAAGCUGCGGCAAAGAGUUUUGCUGGAAGAGAAGCUAGCAACAGUUGGCCGAUCUAAUCAAUCACUCAAGAAAUAUGCAAGCACGCCGAAUUUGUUCAAUGCAAAUCGAACGCAAAGUCUCACCAACCUGUUUAAAGCUUCAACCACUUUUGGCUCAAACUCUGAACUCGCUGAAAAAGACGAAGGUAAAUCGACAGAAAAGGAAAGGAGAAAUGAGCUAGAAGUCCCUCUCGCUUCAAGAUCAAUGAACGCAGGAGAGGCUGUUGUUAGGCGGAAUCGAUCAGGACCUCGUAUUCCAGCGAACAGACACAGUUUCUAUGGUUUUGAAUCGACUAGCCUGAUCCAGUCUCGCGAAAUCGUGGCCGAGUCACCGCCAGCAAAACUUCGGCUACCAGACACGCAGUUCUUGAAUACCAAUAAUUUGUCCAGUACGCCAGUUUCAAAAGUCCUGCACCCACUCAUUGAGGAUGAUAGCCCAACAUCCCCGUUUAAAUCGCAAAAAGCUUUAUUCGACAAAGAUUUAGGAAAAGACGAGGCCGUUGAAAUCUCUCAGAAUAGCGUAGAUUUGUCUUCUAUUAUUAUUGAGGGACCAGAUGAUGAUUUUGCAGAGAAUGAUAUAAACGAACAGAAUUCAAAUGAACGAGAAAGUGUUCAGUUGUCAGAGAAUACGGAGCAGGACGUUAAUGAUAAAGAUAAAAGUAGGAACAGUAUUGAAAUUAAUUCGAAUAAAAACGAACGUGUCGUGGCCGAGAUAGCAGAGGAAGGUCAGUUAUUGUCACGCGAGGAGGAGGAGAGUUUAGUAGAAGAUGAGAUGACGCAAGGCUUAAAAAUCGGUGACAAGAUCAAUCUUGGCGGGGAUAACACCGGUCAGGUGCGGUUUGUUGGAAAAACUGAGUUUGCAGAUGGCAUGUGGGCUGGAGUGGAAUUAACCAGCCCGAAUGGUAAAAAUGAUGGCUCUGUCAAUGGAGUGUCAUAUUUCAAAUGCGAUGACAAACAUGGACUAUUUAUAAGACUCGAAAAACUAAUGUCUCUAGUACAUUCUAGAUGAAGUAGUAAAAUUAUUAGUAUCUUAAUUUAAAAUUUGUCAACUGUUUUAGCAAAAACGACUCUUUAUUAGUGCAGGCAGUUUGGCUUUGCGAUUGAUCCCCGGAUAGUUUUAUUCCUUCUAGAAAAUAGUUUAAAUUUGUAGUUUUAUGUCAAACAUGUGUCAUUUUAUGAUAAAUUAUCGGCGAUCUUAAACACCCAAUAAUUCCAUCAAAUUCAAAUUAACAGAGUUUCUUCUGGUGUUGGCUGCAAUGAUAUGUUGACAAUAAUAUGUUAAUUAAAUUAAAUUUUUGAUAUAAAGCGUAAUACAUUUGCUAAAUUACCAGGCAUUACCAAUAUAUUUUACACGGCACCUGAGUUACAUUUAGCAGUUUCCAUAAAAUCUAACCCACCAGCUGACAUAAUUUGUUAUGUGUUCCAAGUCUUCUGUAUAUGUUAUAACCCAUUGAAAGUAUGCAUAUCGUUCGAAUUAAAACAUUUAGGUCUUAUAUUCAAUUGCCUGCAAAAUUAUAGAUAGGCUGCUAUUAUUUGUCCAAGAAAACAUACUCUUUUAUAUUCCAAGAUUUUUACGUAUAUUAAGUCUACAAAAGGCUACAUGACUCUGCUAAUAAAUAUUAAAGGGAUGAGCAUCUUUAAGUUUUUGCUUCAAUGUGCGAUAGGUCUAUUGGGUACAUGCAGAAAAUAGAAGGCAUUGUUUUGAAUUAGCAUUUUUCUGUUGGAUGGAAUUCAAUACAAUUUUUGCUUGACAUAUUUGCAAAACCAGCUUUGUGCUUUUCAUAGGGUUUUUUUUAAACCCAGAGAUGCUUAGAUGUUAACCUAAUUCAAAACAAUACCAGAAGGACAAUGAAAUUCAAAACAACACCAGAGUAUAAAUUGUUAUUUGAAAGUAGCACCAAAUUUAAUAUGUUUUAUCUUGGUUACUUGCAGUUACAGGCAUUUGCGUAAAUAAUAGCCCCCCUCAACAACGCCAAUGUGGACACGCCUUUUGAUAAGAACACAAUUCUCUAGCGAAACUAUGGUUUUCGGUUUUUUAUAGUUCAACCUUAAACCUUAUUCUGAUAUUUACUGUUUUAACCAUCUAUGUUAUAUUUCACUUUUAAGAUAUUAAGACGCACGCUUUUGUUUAUAUUACUGCAAAUUUUUCAGCUUUACAUUGUCGACAGCUUUUAAAACUUUUUUUAAGCAAUUUUUUUCCAUUAAUGGUUUUCGUGUGUGAUUUUAAAUGCAAGGCACAGCUGACUUAAGGAAGGGAAUAAAAUAGUCUGUAUUUUUUCAAGUUUAGUGCUCAGUUUUUCAAACAUAUUUUUGAUUAAGAAAUGGCCCUAAAUGGUGCUUAUUUUGAAAAUAGUUAUCGGUUGUAGCUUCAGCGUAUUGGAUGUAACCGAACUGGAGAUUUUAAACAAAUGUCAAAAUGAGAUAUCCACGUCACAUUGUUGGAUUUUUUUCAGUCUAAGAUCCUAAAACACGUGGCUAAAUAAUUCCAUAAUUUAAUUUUCAAUAAAAUCAUGAUUAGCGUUGCGGAGCCUCUUCUAAUGGAUAAGAAUAUUAAGGUCGAUAUUGUGUUUGGUGUUGGAUAAUUUUAACCCUUUGUUCAGAUUUUUGCAGAGUUUCGACAUAGGAUCUUAUAGUGGCUGUUGAUCAGUUUACAAAUAACAAACGGCUUUGUUGUAUCAUUGGUUUUCUUACGAGGAUCGUACUUUGAGUAUUCGUUGACUUGUAAUUGUCAAAUUUUUAUACUAAAGUCGUAUUUUAAAUUGAUUUCAUUUUUGUCGUAAUUGGAUGAUUUGAAAUAAGUGAAUGGCUGUUUAUGCCUAGUGUCACAAAUUGCUUGUGAUGAUUACGUCUUGAACAAUGUUAUUUGUGAAAUCUUAACUAUCAUGAAUGUAAUAAUAAAGUGAUUUAAUUGUAAAA